AUGUUGGCUAUGAUAAAUCGUGUUCUGGACUGGAUCCGGAGCCUCUUCUGGAAAGAGGAAAUGGAACUGACAUUGGUCGGCCUGCAAAACUCCGGCAAAACGACGUUCGUUAACGUCAUUGCGAGCGGUCAAUUCACCGAAGAUAUGAUACCAACGGUUGGGUUUAAUAUGCGUAAAAUAACGAAGGGUAAUGUCACAAUAAAAUUAUGGGAUAUUGGUGGUCAACCAAGAUUUCGUUCGAUGUGGGAACGUUACUGUAGAGGUGUGAAUGCGAUCGUGUUCAUGGUGGAUGCAGCGGAUGAAGAGAAAUUAGAAGCGUCAAGGAAUGAGUUGGGGCAGUUGCUCGAUAAACCACAGCUCGACGGCAUACCGGUGCUAGUUUUGGCCAAUAAAAAAGAUCUUCCUGGUGCACUGGAUGAGAGACAACUUAUCGAGCGCAUGAACCUGUCAGCGAUUCAAAACCGUGAAAUAUGUUGUUACUCGAUAUCUUGUAAAGAGAAAGACAAUAUAGCAGUGAAUGAAUUGGGCAUGAUAAUGUGUUGUGUAAACCAUUCAGAUAUCACACUUCAAUGGCUAAUCCAACACUCAAAAAGUCCGAAAUAA